UUUUUUUGUGCAUCUCUCUCUUCUCUAUUCCCAAGCUUAUUUCAUUUCAUACAUAUGACGACGACCGACCGACCAACGAUGAUGAUAAUACUGAAAGAGAGAAGAGAGAAGCAGCCAAAUGCGACUUUGCCAUGUCUUUGUGCAUAAUAGUAAACGCAACCCGAACGUGAAAAGCUUUUGGCUGGAGUUCUCUCCCUCACUUUUAGAUAUACGAAAUACGAGCCAGCAAGCAAGCAAGCCGUAACAUGGCUUUGGUUAUAUGGCAUUGCUCUCUGGCUCUGUGUUUGACCUUCUUAAUACAUUAGUUGAGUCAGGAGCCAUUUUGUUGGAACACCGUUUGAACUCUGACUGACUCGCCUUUUUGGUUCAACACCACCAUCAAAUGUUCCAAGUUGGUUGUAAAAAUAAUUCUGACCUCACUUCAACCGCGGCGACGACGGCGACGGUGACGACGACGACGCAAGUUAUCAGGAUCAGUUCGGCAGUUUUCUUAAAGACCGGUAAAGAAGAAGAAAGUUGACGGAAUGGGGGGUGAAAGUUAUGAAAGAAAGGAAUGAUUUACUCUUGGUGGUGGGAGACGAUAAAUGUGCUAGAUUAUUAAAAUGUGGGAGACUUUCUUGCGAUGAUGACAAGAAAUUCAUUGUUCUCGUGGAUAAGUGUGUUCCUUGUUAAUUAUUAGUGUUGUUGUUUUAAGUAUUUUGUGUAUCACUCACUCGGUUUGGAUGAGUAAAAGUAUUACUUACAUUAAUCUCAACAAGACAAAGCAGAAAUAGAAGACUGGCUGCUGCUGGACAGGAUAAUAAAUAAAUAAAUACGUAUUUUUAAGGCAGAAUUAACAAUCUCAAUUUGCAAAGAUGGAAACUGGAAACAUAACCAUCACUAGUUUGUCCAGUUUAUUGGAUACUGGAGACAAGAAACCGUGGAUCACUGGCGUCUCUCCCCUGGGAGACAUCUGUGUCGUCUGUGGUGACCGUGCAUCAGGUCGUCACUACGGGGCAAUAAGUUGUGAAGGGUGCAAGGGAUUUUUCAAACGUUCCAUCCGUAAACAAUUAGGAUAUUCAUGUCGUGGGACAAAGCAGUGCGAGGUGACGAAACAUCAUCGGAACCGAUGCCAGUAUUGCCGAUUACAAAAAUGCCUUCAAAUGGGGAUGCGGGAUACAGCAGUUCAGCAUGAGCGAAAACCUUUGUCGAAUAGUCAAGCCCAAAAGAGGUCAGAAAGUACGGAAGCUGCCUUGUCUCCCUCGUCCCUCUAUGGUACCCUCCUGGAUGGAAACAGCUUUAACCGGUCCGGUUAUCUCGUAUACGACAAUAGUUAUCAAGAUGAUGAAGAAUCUGAGAGCGCGAAUGAAAGUGACGCGGAACGCACAAAUAUCGCUAAAGCCAUCGAAAUGAUUUCGAAUGUGAUAACUGAGAAUAAAGAUGAGGAAAGUUCCUCCUCGUCCUCAGUCUUGUCCAAUAUUGAUAAAGACGCCAUUAUUCCGGAAGAAUGGGUCAAAUUUGAAAUGGUGGGCCCUUCGAAACUUCCCAGCAAUGGGUUGGUCACCCUGGAUUAUGUGUGCGAGACGUCAUCCCGACUCCUUUUCCUCUCGGUUCAUUGGGCGAAAACCCUUCCAGCAUUUCAAGCCUUAAAUCUUGAAGCACAGGUUCCUAUCAUGAAAUCUGUGUGGAGUGACCUAUUUGCCGUUGGCCUUUCUCAGUAUCAAAAUUUUCUUCCACUAACUAGCGUCAUUAGUGCCCUGUUGCUAAAUAUGCAAUCAAACUGUACUUCUUCCAAGUUAACUAUGAUAGCGGAACAUGCAUCCAAAUUAAAAUUAUUCAUCAAAACUGUCGAAAAUCUCAAUCUGGAUGAAUUUGAAUAUGCAUCUCUCAAAGUUUUAGCCGUAUUUAGUCAUGAUCGAUAUCCCCAAUAUGAUUCUACAAGCAAUGGGAUUAAAGAAAUUCAAAAGUCAGCCCUGAAGCAGUUGCAAGAUCAUGUCAUAGCUACCUUUGAGAAUCCUGCCGAGCGCAUCACUUCUAUUCUGCUUCUUCUUCCUCAUUUAAGAGGGAUUGCUCCUGCUGUGAUCGAAGAUGUAUUUUUUAGCAAUGUACUCGGAAUAGGACCAACUCCGCUUGAAAAUUUAAUUCCUUUAAUGCUGACGAUGAAGUCCGAUUUAUCGUUUCCAGCACCAAUGAACAUCGAAACUGCCCUUAAUGAGAACUCUACAGAUGAAAGAUCAAUGCUCAUCAACGACUAAUAAUAAACGUCACUCUUCAUUCAGCGUUUAAAAUAAUUCCGUCCUACUUACGGAGAAACUUUGACCCAUUCCUCAUAAUAAUCUCCCGAAUCACACAGACUGGUGGAAUGAUGAUACUAUUUUAAAAAACCAACAGUAAUUUUUCUUGUACCUGUUUCAUACUACUACUACUAUUAGUACUACAUACAACUUUACUACUACUACUGCAGGCUUCUUUCUCGAGAAACCACAAAUGUUCAGUCUUGUAACAACAGUAUUUAUUAUUAUUAUAACGAGGAAAGAGAAAUAGGUAGUAAGACAGGUAGUAGUAAGACAAUUUAUAUUAUAUAGAUUUUCUAUUAUAUAGAUAUAUAUAUAUGACUUAUUAGUUUGACUUUAUAAUACUAGUUGUACUGAGAAUUUUUAUGUUCUUUUACUGACUACUACUUUGAUUUUGAUGUUAGGUUUUUUAAACUCAAAGAUUAUUGUUAAUUAAUUGUAAAAACAACUGCAUUCAAAUAUGUAGUAAAAUUUCCCUUUAUUUAUAUAACCCUCAAAAGUGCGAUUGUUACCAAAGUUCUACGAUAUGAUGUUCCGUGCUAUUUUUGACCCUGGUGGAAUAUUGCCAGUAAAAAUGUUUUGUAUUGAUGUAGUUCGUAGCCUAUCUAAAUGACGAUACUUAAGUAGAUUAAUAUUCAACCCGUGAUGGGGAUGAGGAUAGCGUUGAUUUGAAAUUUAGCAUAGAAGACUGCAGAACGAUUAUUGAUGCAAAACAACACAAGAUUUUAAAUGUUUUUUUUUUCAACAAGUUCAACAAUAAAAAAUGUCCUUCACUAGACUUACAUACGUUUACUUACUAUGUGUUGUGUACGAAUAAUAGGUAAAAUCAACAUUUUUUGCAAUCUUUCCAUAAGCAAACAACGGGUAUAACAUAGUAUGACAAAAACGGUCACCAAAAUAACUAUUGAACAAUGAUGGACUGAAAAA